AUGUUGUCAAUGAGAAUUGUUGGAUUAUUAGAUAAGUUCAAUUCUGUCACACAGUCUGGAUUUAUAAAAGGUAGAUAUAUUAUGGAAAAUCUGAUCACCAGUUGGGAGGCAAUGCACGAGGCCAAAGCUGAUAAUCAGAAUGUUGCAAUGGUCCUAUUGGACUUUGAGAAAGCAUAUGACAGAAUAGAAUGGUCGUUUGUUGGGGGAAUGUUACAAGCAUUUGGUUUUCCUUCAUACUUUUGUAAAUGGAUAGAUAUUCUUUUUAAAGACUCUUCCACAAUUGUUGAGAUUAAUGGUGAUAUGUCUGAAGCUAUCCCAUUAAGGAGGUCUAUAAGGCAGGGGUUCCCCAUUGCCCCGACCAUGUUUGUCAUUGUUGCAAAUGCUCUUUAUUACAUUCUAAGGGCUCUAGAACUUGGACCCUCUAUCAAAGGUCUUACUCUUCCUAAUGUUGAUGGUCUAAUUAAUGCUCAAUUUGUUGAUGAUACUGCCUUAUUUAUAGCCCUAUUUGAGGAUAACUUUGAUAAUGCCAUGGAAAGACUCUAG